AUGGCCUCAAACAACUGGCCCCGCUCUCACGAAGGCGACUUCACCAUCUCCAGCUUCCAAUUCAAAGAUGGCUCUUCCCUCCCCAAACUCCGCCUGCACUACCGCACCCUGGGCUGCCUCAAGAAAGACGCCCAAGGCCGCGCUACCAAUGCCAUCCUCAUCAUGCACGGCACCACCGGCUCCGGCGCAAACUUCUUCACCCCGGCCUUCGCCGGCAACCUCUUCAACGCCGGCCAACCUUUAUCCGCGGAAGAGUACUUCCUCAUCCUCCCCGACGGAAUCGGGCACGGCGGCUCGUCGAAACCUUCGGACGGGCUGCGCGCGCGCUUCCCCCGGUAUUGCUACGGGGAUAUGGUGCGCGCGCAGUACGCGCUCGUCUCGGAGCACCUUGGCGUGAAUCACCUGCGGCUCGUAUGCGGGACGUCGAUGGGAGGCAUGCACACGUGGGUCUGGGGAACGACGUAUCCGACGUUCAUGGACGCGCUGUUUCCGCUCGCGAGUCUGCCGGCGCAAAUCGCAGGCAGGAAUCGAAUGUGGCGCAAACAUGCUAUCGACUCGAUACGGCUGGACCCUGGCUUCGAGGGAGGCGAGUAUGGAUGUCCGCCGCCGGGUUUCCGCUCGGCGCUGCAUGUUCUCGCGUGGAUGGCUAGUUCGCCGUUGAAGUGGCAGCAAGCUGCGUCGGAUCGGGCGAGCGCGGACGAGUUUAUUGAUGCGUUGGUUGAGAGGGGCAUGAAGAGUCAGGAUGCGAAUAAUUUUGCGUACGCGUUUGAUGCGAGCUGGGAUUAUGAUCCGCGGCCGCUUCUAGGGGCGAUUGAGGUGCCGUUGACGGCGGUCAAUUCGGCGGAUGAUCAAGUGAAUCCGCCUGAAUUGAGGAUUUUGGAGAUGGAGAUGGGGAAGGUCAAGCUGGGCAAGGCGGUGGUGUUGCCUAUUACUGACAAGACUGCUGGGCAUGGAACGCAUUCCAUCGCGGAGUGCUGGGUGGAGCAUCUUGUUGAGUUGCUGGGGAGAUCGGAGAGAGGGGAGAAGGCGAGGCUUUAA